CAUGCAGAACUGGAUGUUCUACAUUAAAUUGGUGGCACUGGGUGCAAUUAUUAUCAUGGGAUUUGUGCAAAUGAUCCUGAGUGAGGGAGACAUCCCAGGCUUCCAGUCUGCCUUCGCCGGGAGCUCGUCCUCGAUCGGGGAGAUAGGCCUGGCGAUGUAUUCCGGUCUAUUCGCGUACGGCGGUUUCGAAGUCAUUAAUUAUAGUGCUGAAGAGAUAAAAGAUGUUGAAAGGAAUCUUCCAAGGACGAUAUACAUUUCCAUAGCUAUCGUGACCACUGUGUAUACAUUAGGCAACAUUGCCUACUUCACAGUUCUUACGAAAGAAGAAAUACUGGGGAGCAGUGCUGUUGCAGCGAUUUUUGCGGAACGCACCAUGGGACCUAUAGCGGUAAUAAUACCUAUCAUGGUCAUGUGUUCCGUGAUGGGAGGUCUCAACUGUAACAUAUUCACUACUGGAAGGGUCUAUUUUGUGAGCGCUAGAGAUGGAGGACACUUGCCUUCCAUCAUAGGCAUGCUCAACAUACACCGUUACACGCCAUUCCCUGCAAUGAUACUCAGCACUUUCAUGACAACUCUGCUGCUGCUGCUACUCAGCGACGACAUAUAUUCGCUGUUAGAUUACUACGGUUUCUUCAUGUGGAUUAUGGGAGGCAGCGGCAUUGUUGCGUUGCUUUAUCUUCGGUGGAAAAAGCCACACAUUUCUCGUCCGAUCAAGUUUCCGUUGUUUGUUCACAUCGUCUACACGCUAGGAUGUGCGAGGCUCGUUAUCACUCCUAUUUAUCUACAACCUCUAACGUCGCUGAUCUCUACCCGUCUUCUUUUAUCCGGAAUACCUGUAUACUAUAUAUUUAUCUACCCAAAGGACAAACCGAAAUGGUAUCGAAAUCUCUCAGGUGUGAUUACAAGGUACCUCCAGCUGAUUCUUAUGGUAGACCUUCAGGAUAAAAGCACCUACAGUAGUGUCCUGGAAUGACAAUACACUAAGCUUUUGCUCGUCAUGAAAAUUGCGUUUUCUCAUGCAUCUAUCUAUCUAUCUAUCUAUCUAUCUAUCUAUCUAUCUAUCUAUCUAUCU